ACAGAUCCGAGUUGAUGCUGCAGCUUCGACCUGCCUUCGAAACCCUGCAUUCUGAGCCACGAAGAGGAUGUGUCUGUAUCUGUGUCUGUGGCUUGAGCUGGUCUGCGGCUUUGUGUCUACGCUUGAAUGCAGGGAUCGCCAAGGUCUUCCCCGACGACGCUAGCGAGGACCCGGAAUAAACCAUCUCUUGCGUUAAUGGAAGGAUGAGACCACAGUUCUGGGAGUGAGCAAUGGAGUGCAACAAGCUUUGCAACAUCAUGCAUUAGACUUUGACCUGUAUCAACCUUCGGGCUUCUCUGCCAACCGAGUCACUAGUCCCUCAAGAUGGCGAUACUAAGACUCGGUGAGAACGAGACCCUCCCUCGUCUCAUCGAGUAUGACCUCAACACCUCGGGCCUGGAGGAGGACGUCACCCUCUCCGCUGCGCCCUACGACCUCGAGCUGGCGAUGCCCGUGUGGGAGGUGGUGCUGACGGUGGCGUCGCUGAGCGUGAUCAUCGUGUUCACCAUCGUGGGCAACGUGCUGGUGAUCCUGUCCGUGUUCACGUACCGGCCGCUGCGGAUCGUGCAGAACUUCUUCAUCGUGUCGCUGGCCGUGGCCGACCUGACGGUGGCCGUGUUCGUGCUGCCCUUCAACGUGGCCUACAGCAUCAUCGGCAAGUGGGUGUUCGGCAUCCACCUGUGCCAGAUGUGGCUCACGUGCGACAUCAUGUGCUGCACGGCCUCCAUCCUCAACCUGUGCGCCAUCGCCCUCGACCGCUACUGGGCCAUCACGGACCCCAUCAACUACGCGCAGAAGCGCACCGUCAAGCGCGUGCUGGCCAUGAUCGGCCUGGUGUGGGCCAUCAGCGUGGUCAUCUGCCUGCCGCCGCUGUUCGGCUGGAACGACUGGCCCGACGUGUUCACCUCCGACACGCCCUGCAUCCUCACGCAGGAGAGGGGCUUCGUGAUCUACUCGUCGUCCGGCUCCUUCUACUGCCCGCUGCUCAUCAUGACCUUGGUCUACGUCAAGAUCUUCACGGCCACGCGCCGGCGCCUGCGGGAGCGCGCCAAGGCCUCGCGCCUCAACCAGAUCCCGGCCGCCGGCAAGGCGCGGCCGCCGCGCGAGGACGACUCGGCGCUCAGCGAGAACGGCCACAACGGCUACAGCGACACCUGCAAGAAGAAGCUGGUGCAGAAGAAGCGGCGGAAGAAGCGGAAGGCGGCGGCGGCGGCGGCGGCGGCGGCGGGGCGGCCGUCCUCGUCGGCGCCCGGCCUGGCGCCCCCCGCCAUCGCCGAGACGUCGGACCCGAGCCACACCAAGGACGACGCGUCGCCGCUCGACGAGAAGAGGAACGUGGACGUGGUGGUGCGGCUCGACCCCAAGGACGGCAGUCAGAUCCACCAGUUCAUCGAGGAGCGGCAGAAGAUCUCGCUGUCGAAGGAGCGGCGCGCCGCCCGGACGUUGGGCAUCAUCAUGGGCUCGUUCGUGGUGUGCUGGCUGCCCUUCUUCCUGAUGUACGUGAUCCUGCCCUUCUGCCCGUCGUGCCCGGUGCCCAACGACAAGCUCAUCAAUUUUAUCGUGUGGCUCGGCUACAUUAACUCGUCCCUCAACCCCGUCAUCUACACCAUCUUCAACCUCGACUUCCGCCGCGCCUUCGCCAAGAUCCUGAGGUGCCCCGUCGCCUCCACGGCGUAAACAUCAUGCGCUUCUCUCUUUCUUCGGUUUCGUAGUAUUUUUUCACUCAAAGGCAAAAUAUAUAUCCUUGUUUCCAGUGAUGAUUACCAUUAAGGGCCGAUGAUAUAAAGUUCUGUUCAAGUAUCAAAAAUUGUCAGCGAAGAAAAUACGAAAUGAAACUACAGAUUCUACAACGCCUUCUACAACCUAAAGACAGAACAUUGUUAUUAACGAUAAUUCUUAUAGUAAUUAUAUCUCUGAGAACACUAAGCAAUAAUCAACAUCAGAACAUAGAGAAAUAUGAAUGAUCAAAGCUAAAGAGGAUGAGUAGAGCAUGACGUACCACAUCUAAUUUGCAUAUCCUAAGUAGCAUUAUUCCUGUCUACGUGCUUAGAAAUUAAUAUAGUGAAAAUACAUGUGUGGAACGCAUCAUGCACAAAAGUUCAGUAAUGCAACAGCCACAUUUAAACAGAAAAGUCAUGCCAGUUACAUCUUCUGUAAAACGAAUUCAUUUUUACUACUAUUGCUAUCACUACUAUUAGUACUCAACUACUACUAAUAUUAUUAUCAUUAUGAUUGUUAUUAUUAUCAUUGUCGUUUUCAUAAUUAUUAUUAGUAUUGCUAUUAUCAUUGUCACUUUUACUUGUUUAUGAUUGCCAGCAUUUUUAUCAUCAUCACUGUUAUUAUUACCAUCAUUAUUAUUAUUACCAUUGUUAUCAUUAUAAUUAUCAUUGCGUUCUUCCUCAUCAUCAAUAUCCUGUUUUUCUUCUUCCUAUUCCUUUACCUUAUCCUGCUUAUGUAGGACACAAAAAACUAUUAUCUAUCGGCUCUUCUGAAAAAAAAACAGUAUCAUAUCGUGGACCAAAAUGGACGGGAAGUAGAUUUAAACAUGAUUAUGCUCUGAAAGCACUUAUAGCUUUUAAAAAAAGUGGUUUGUGAUGAUAGUGACUUUUAACUGUAGAUUUGGUAAGAACAUGAGAGAUUUCUAUAUUCACAUUUUAUAGCUGGUUGAUUUCUUCACUAUACUCAUUGUAGUGAAGUUUUGAAUUCUGUGGUGGUGGUUCUGGUAAAUUGAUACUUCUACGUUUACAAAGUUACCAGAAAAAA